CACAGCACAACACAACACAAGCCACCCCACCCCACCCCACCACCACCCCCUCCUUCGAUUUGCACCCUCGCUCCCCAAAUCUCUCCUCACUCCGCCCUCUCUCCGCUCCGCUAGACCCGCCCAUGAGGAUCAGGAGGCGGCCUCCGGGCCAGCCUCUCGCCUACCUGCUGCCCUCAGAUCCAUCCGCCGCGCCGCAGUCGCCGCCGCGUGCGUCGUCGAUAGAUCGUCAGGAGCGUCCUCCUCCGCCCCCGGGGGGCAAGCAAGGGGAGGGGGAGUUGCACUUGCACCCGGCAACAAAUGAUUCCCCCGCACCCGCGGAUCUCGAGGACGGCCGCAGCCGCUCCUCCGCGCUCCGGCGCCCAGCAUUGCUGCCGCAGUUGCAGGAGCAGGACGACGCGGUGGAGCAGCGCAGCCGCUGCGGCGGCCUAGGUGCGCAACAACGGCAACGACAGGGGCCUUCAGAUGGCCGCAGCAGCCUAGACAAUGGUCGCGACUGCCACGUGCCGGAGCCGGUGACGAUCCAGGCCGGAGAGCGUCGUCUCAGCAACGGCGUCGGCGCAGCAGCGGUGGCGACAACGACGACAGCAACAGCGGGCGCGAAGGCGACGAGGCAGCAGCAAGAGGCAAAGCAGGAUACCGGCGGCGGCGCGAGGAGGGCCGCGCGGGGCCCUGCAGGCGCGCUGAUGGAGGGGUCGCGGUGCAGCCGGAAGAACGGGCGCGGGUGGCGGUGCAGCCAGCCGACGCUGGUGGGCUACGCUCUCUGCCAGUACCACCUCGGCAAGGGCCGUAUGCGGAGCGGGAGCGCCGCGACCGGCGGGCGCGGCCCAGGCCAGCUCGGACGCACCGAGCACGCGAAGAAAACCUCCGCCGCUGCGCCCAAGGCGGACGUGCCGCUGCCGCUGCCGCCGCCGAGCGUGCAGCGCUGCUAGAGGCGCGCGCACAUGGCUGUGAUCCGUCGACCAUGGGGAACGCAAGAUUCUUGGACAUCGUGGUGGGGUUGCAUAUCAUCCUGGCGGUGCAGUGGUGGCGACUGGAAUUCUUUUGUUGCGUUUCUAAACAUUAAUUAAUUUAAAUGUUGUCCUGCCCACGUACCGUGGCUGUUGUUGGCUCAGCUUUGGCUUGCGGUCCUUGUGGUGGCGCAUCGAAGCCCCAGUGCAUUUGCCGCAGCUCGUUUCUUUGUUUUACUCGGAUUAUUCUAACCCAUGAAAUUUCAAAAUGUUUUUGCAUGAACA